AUGUCGGGUGCGGCGCCGGGGAAGGCGGCGGUGUCGGCGGCGGUGUCGGCGUCGGCGUCCGCUCGGCCGCGGCGGAAGGUGCUGAGCGCGGAGGAAGCGGAGCUGUUCGAGCUGGCUCAGGCGGCGGGCAGCGGGCUGGACCCGGAGGUGUUCAAGGUGCUGCUGGACCUGCUGCGCAUGAACGUGGCGCCGCUCGCGGUCUUCCAGGUGCUGAAGUCCAUGUGCGCGGGGCAGCGGCUGCCGGCGGGCCCCGAGAGCGCCCCCCCCGCCGCGCCGCCCGCCGACAGCCGAGGUAGGGGCCGAGCGGCGGGCCCUCCCCUCUCCGCGUCUCCCCCGGAGCUCCCCGAGGACGCGCCCGCCUUCUCCUCCGCCCUGCGGCCUCCGCGCUUCGCCCGCCCGUCGCCCCGCUGCCUCUCGGCGCCGCCCGCCGCCCGCCCUGCCCCGGGGCCGCCCCUGGGCGCUCCGGCUGCCGCUCCGCAGGGCCGUGGGUUCGGGGCCGCGCGGCGGGGGCUGCGGCUGCCGGCCCGGGGGGCGGCCCCCAGGGAGGCGGCCCCGAGGGGGGCGCGGGGCGCCCGCUCCGUGUGA